AUGGACGGAGUGAACGUAGCGGAGGCGGAGGAGAAGUGUUCGCGUCAGACGUCGGGAGACGUGCGUUGGUUGCUCGAGCACUACUUCUGGCCUGAAGUGGGGCGGUACGAGUUCCCCGAGGGCUGCCCUCUGAACGCCACCGAGGACAUGUGGAAGCUCUGGGACGAGCAGAAGAACAAGGUCCGGCGCACGAACUGGCGAUGCAACCUGUGCGGGAAGAGCUUCCGGUCGGAGACAUACAUUGACAAACACAUCGCGAACAAGCACCCGGGGCUGCUGGUGGCGGGCUCGGACGCGUGCCUGGCCGAGCUGUGCGACGUCGUGCACUGCGAGCACGUCGAGCAGGCCACGUCGCUCUCGAAGCGGUUCCGCUACCGCCCGUCCAUCCUGUGCAACUCCACCGUCAAGGCCGAACGGCGCGAGGCGUGCGAGGACCUCGCGCGGACGUGCUUCCCGCCGCAGGCCAGCAAGGAGGCGAAGCGCCUGAACGCGUACUUCCAGGCGCAGUUCUGCCGGGCGCACAGCUGCGACCGGCGGCUGCGCGUUCCGCUGCCGCUCGGGCAGGCGCGGACGACGUUCAACUCGGCGUGGCUGACGUGCGCCAUCAUAGCAGGGCUGUGUCUGACGGUGUGGUACGUGGUGGCGGGGUGUCUGAUGUGGGAGCGCAGCGCGGCCAACGCCGGAGACCUCAAGCGCCUCGGUCGUCCGCGGGGCAGGUCCUGGUGGUCGUGGCUCGUGAAGAAGAAGAAGGCCUACUGA